UGCCACCUGUCAAAAUUAUUUAUUUUCAUUUCACUAUUAUUCCCAAGCAUUUUGUGUUGAUGCCAAAUCUAAACAGUUUUAUAUUGCUUCGAGGAGUACGAGCAAGUAGAUGGAAGUUAUUAGUGAACGUUGAUAGGGCAGCUUCAAAGUAUUUUGUAGAAAUGUGUUUAGUGCGUAAAAGACGGUUAACGGCUUACGAAUCUGAAAAAGCGAUGUCGUAUUAGAAGGGUUUUUCCUUUUUAGAAAUUCCAGUUGUCAUUUUAAAUACCUAUUACUAACGUCAAAACAUACUGAAGAGUGCCCGUAGUUCCACUAAUAAAAUUUAAUGUAAAACCAUAUUUACUGUGUUUUUCUAAAGUGUUGUUUGACGGGUUAUUAUGAAAUGGCUGAGGAGUGUACUGUAGUGCGAUUUUCCAGAGAUCCAUCUUUGGCUAGAAUAGAAAGCCUGAAACAGCAAAAUGAUUCCCCCGACAAAUUUUCAGAUAGUACUCAGAAAUUCGGGAUGUUUUACGCGGUUUGCAUUGCCCUAUCCAUCAUAACCUACGUCCUAGAUUUAGUACUCGCCUGUAUUUUGUUAUAUUUCUACUCGGUCAACGGACAUGGACUAUAUUUUGCAUUGACUUUAACGUUUGUUAUUAUUCCUGCCUUGUUUAUGACAACGAUUAGUUUAAGAUGGUACAUAGUAGACCAUGAUGAUCCCUCAGUUGGAAAUACAUCAGUGGCCCAAUGGAUAGUCAGAAUAGUAUUUCUCCUCCUCCACUUGGCUCCACUCCUGAGGUAUAUAGACACAAUGAUAUAUGGAAUAAAGAGCAAAAUUGCGGCAACCACAGACAAUGAAACAAAACAGACCACUUUGUACCGGAGGAUGUUAGAUGAAGACACAAACAGUGCCCUUUUGAGGCUCUUUCACUGCUUUUUACAUGCAGCUCCACAGGCUGUUAUACAGCUUGUGAUAUUAUUAAUACAAGUGACCCAUCCUGAAAAAACAGCGUUGGGUAUAAAUGUGGCUGUUAUACAGGCAUGGACAGUAUUAGUAGCCUUAAUGUCGAUGUCUUGGUCCCUAACUUCCUACCAUCGCUCUGUGCGAUACUCGCGGGACGAUAAAAAUAAAAUUAAAUGGGUGGGAUUACUAGUGGCCUUCUGUUGGCAGCUCAUGAGUGCCUUGUCGAGGGUGUUAGCGCUCAGUUUGCUGGGUUCGAUAUUCCCAGUGUGGAUGGGAUGUGUCUGCGCAUUACAUUGGGGCGUAAUGACCAUAUGGUUGGCAUUAGGUCAACACCAGACGGCUGCGUGCGGUAAUAGAUGUGAAGAGUUACUGUUAUCUACCUCUUUGGGUUUAGCAUACGUGUUAGCUUUCAUAUCUCCUAGGGAUGGACCAACGAGAUAUGUUUAUCUAGCCUAUUAUUUGGUGUGCUUCAUAGAAAACACCGCAGCCUUAGUUGUUUGGUGUGUCACAAAAAAUUCCUACGACAAUCCAUUCCUCUAUUAUGGAGCGGCGGGAGGUCAAGUACUUGCAUUUUUACUAGCUAUAGCCUUUCUACUUAUAUAUUAUAAAUAUUGCCACCCGUCUCUGAUGACUAGAAGUAAUAUUCCCCGCUUAGACUCGGACUGCUUAGAGGCUGACAAACCAGGGUUCAGUAAAUCAUAUAACGUUAGAACGGGAUCCUGAUCCAUAGCCUACGUCUAAGUGUUUCGUUAUUUCUUAUUUUAUUUUUUUAAUUCUGAUGCUAGUCCUUGAGCAGCCUAAUGAGAUAAUCCAUUCAAACUGGGAGGGUUCUUAAGAAGAUUCAGUUAUAUGAUUUUUAUUCAUAUAAAACUUCGUUGUCUUCGGUUCAUAUCUGCGCACAUUUUUUGCGACAUCCGACUUAGUUAAUUCGACAGCUAUAUUUUUUUAAUUAACUAUUUAUUAUUCUGUAUAUUAUUAGUCCUUUUAGCUCAGGCAUUUGUAUUUCUAAUCUUCAUACAGGGUGAUUCACAAAGUAUUUUUAGAAAAACUUGCAUUGUGCCACUUUUUACAAAAAUUUUUUGAUGGUACCUCCAUUGUAAUUGCUAUCGAGAAGGGAAUUUAGUAGUAACUGUGCCUUAAAGGUUUUAUAUAAAAUGAACCGAUAUACGGAACAAAAAUAUUUCGUUUUGGAAACUAAUGUAAAUUUGUAGUCUGGUAUUAUUAAAGGCACAAAAAUUUUUUAAAAAGUAUUUUGCGUCAAGCAUUUUGUAAAAUUGAUUUUUAUAAACCUCACGAUGGUUCUGAUCAUAUUCAGAUGAGUCACGUCGUUAAUAUCACUUACGUAAACAUUUUCUCAGUAUUAACAUUUAUAUGGCUGCUACGUGAUGACGGGAAACCUUUAAUAUAAUAAGUGCAUAAAAUAUAGGCAUGUACGAAUCGAAUAUUUAGGUUCAAUUUCUGUUUCACGGUUCGAAAAAUAUUUGGCACCAAUGCAUGUUAAAAUAAAACAAAGACUGCCGAGUGUGCCAAGAAUAACCUGUGUCUUACGGCCUUAAAUAUAUGUUUGUACGAUUUGAAAUAUAACGCUGUUGAUAUUUUAAAUUUUAUUGGUUGUUAGGAAUUCGCGUAAUGUGUUAGUUGUUCAUUUUGCGGAAUGAGGAUGAGCAUUCACAAAGAAUACGGAUCCGAAAAUAUUGUGGUAUGUUGAAGUUGUUAUUGUUAAUGGGGAUUUAUCAGAAGUGGAAUUGUAUUCAAAUAAUUCUAUUUGAACUAUUAGACAUUAUGGUGUAAAAAUGUAACUAUAUUUUUUAAAAAGGGGAAGUGGUGUGUUAUUUGUCUUCUUUGUGAAUGAGUAAGGGGCAAUGUACUUACUACAGAUCAGGGUAAUCCUAGUUUUAUAGCGUAACGUAUUACAUCCACUUUCUUUUUUGUAUAUACUUAGGUGGAGAUUUGAUAAUGCAGUGAUACAGUAUUUAUUAACGUAGUUUCAGUGUAAUAUGAAUUUCUGGUGUACAGUUACCGAACCCAUUUGUAUAUUGCAAUUUUUUUUCGACGAGGUACAUUAAAAAUAUUUCAUCACACAUUUCACAUCGGGCGAUUUUUAAUACCCUUCAAUUUUAAUUUAAAGAAAUGUUUUAAGUAAACGUGUAUUUGCAUUAUAUAAGUAUUAACUUUGCACUGUAGAAGUUGUCGAUGUUUUAUAGCGCACCUGUGUCGCUACAGCGCUAUUCGCAAUUAAAGCAUUGUCGUAGUUGAUACAUUUUGAGACGUGAGAAGUAUUGCGAUAUUUUAAUAAUAUUGUGACUUGCUAAAAAUAUAGAACGUAAGGUAUUAAACAGUCAAAAAACAAGGCUGCAUUAGUUUUCUGGGGAUUAGUUAAUUUUUUAAUACGAAUUGUUACUAAUUAAAAAAAUUAAAUCAUAAAUUUCAGUUUCAAUCAAAAGGGUAUUUUUUUUUGUACAAUUUAAUUUUGAAAUAUAAAAUACGUUUUCGUGUAGAAAAAAAAAUUGAGUGAGAGCUAGGAGCUUUACGGCUAAGAGCGCAAUUUAUUAAAAGUGAUAAAUUCUUAUUCUGCGAUAUACAAGUUAGUACCUAAAAUGUUACUGAUGUAUUCAUUGCCUAAAAUUGUUAAGGGAACAAUAUUUAUGUAAUAUGUUUAUACAAAAGUAUUUAUAUUUUAUAAUAUAUUUGGAUAUAAUGUAAACUAGUAAUAAAAUG